AUGUCAUACCACUGGUUUCCUGCCAUCAAGCGACAGUGGUCCAUCUCAAGAGGAGCAGUUUCUGACCAUGGAUGCAGCAGCUCUUACUUGACGUAUACAUCUGAUGCACCUGAAAGUGAAAUGGAAAGGCAGCCUACCCAAAGUCUCCAGGAUACCCAGCAAGGUGUUAACAUUUCUUCCAGUACAUCUCUGGAACAUCCCACCAAAGAGUUCCCUAGGAAGAAGAAGUGCAAGAGGAGGCACUUGGUUUCCCCUCAGGAGUCCGUCAUUGAAGACAUUGACUUUGAUGAAGGAGGAGGGUCUCCAAGAUCACCACUUGAAGACGUCUCCUUUGGAGACAUUCUUGAAAUCCUAAAGCAAAGGGUGGUUGGUCAGCCCAAAACCUCUUCCUGGAGGAGUCAAUUUUCCCUGGAGGCUUUUGGGUCUGGCUUGUCUAUGUCCUGGGUAAGUCCACCUGCUGAUGAGCUCAUUGAUUUUGUCUCUUGGUGGGUGUGGAAGGAGCCUGACCCAGUUGAACCAGUCCUCAAGAGACCAGUUUGGAUUCUAGCACCACCUGUAGGCAAGGAACUUUGGAGAAAGGGAGUGCCUAUAGAUGCUAUGGUCAUUGCAGUGGCCACUAAGAAGGAACUCACAGAGCAGAGUGACUCUGUCUAUUGUCCUAACAGAGAGGCUAGGCCUUCAAAAGGAAAAAGUUUGCCUUCACGAGAAGCAGUGAGGAAGAAAAAUGAGACGGAAGACAAUGGAGAAGAGGCAAUGCAGAGGAAUGAAGAUCCAGCAGGAAGAGUUUCUGUUGAACGACUUUAUCAGAAAAUGUCGCAGCUGGAGCACAUUUUGCUCCGUCCAGAGAAUUACAUUGGAUCUAUGGAAGCUGUUACACAGCCAAUGUGGGUGUUUGAUGAUGAAACUGGCAUGAACUACAGAAAUGUGACAUAUGUUCCUGGACUGUACAAAAUCUUUGAUGAAAUUAUCGUGAAUGCUGCUGAUAACAAGCAAAUGGAUGAAAAAAUGAAUUGCAUCAAAAUAUCUAUUGAGCCAAAAAGAAAUAUGAUCAGAGUCUGGAAUAACGGAAAUGGAAUCCCUAUUGUACAACAUAAAAUAGAGAAAAUGCUUGUUCCUACACUCAUUUUUGGUCACCUCCUGACAUCUAGCAACUAUGAUGAUGAUCAGAAAAAAAUAACUGGUGGUCGAAAUGGUUUUGGUGCUAAAGUCUGUAACAUCUUCAGCAAAAAAUUUACAGUGGAAACUGCAAGCAAUGCAUAUAAGAAACAAUUUAAGCAGACUUGGAGGAAUAACAUGACCAUAGCUGAUAAGCCACAGCUAAAGCGAUUUAAUGGUGAUGAUUUUACCUGCAUCACUUUUCAGCCUGACCUAUCAAAGUUUAAAAUGACAGUGCUGGACAAGGACAUUGUGGCACUGAUGUCAAGGAGAGCUUAUGAUAUUGCUGCAACUACCAAAGGAAUCAAUGUCUAUCUCAAUGAAAAAGAAUUGCCUGUGACUGGUUUCCGAUCUUAUGUAGAUUUGUACGUGAAGGAAAAUGUAGAUUCAAGUGGUAAAGCUGUCAAGGUCAUCCAUGAGGUAGUGAACAAUCGAUGGGAGGUGUGCUUAAACUUAAGUGAGAAGGGCUUUCAGCACAUCAGCUUUGUUAACAACAUUGCUACAGUCAAGGGGGGUAGACACCUUGACCUUGUAAGUGAUCAAAUUGCCAAUAGGUUGAUAGACGUUGUGCAGAAAAAGAAUAAACACGGGGUGUCAGUGAAACCUUUCCAGGUGAAGAACCACAUGUGGUUGUUUGUGAAUUGCCUCAUUGAAAAUCCAACUUUUGAUUCCCAGACAAAAGAAAACAUGACUCUGCAGCCUAAGAAUUUUGGCUCAACAUGCAUCUUGAGUGAAAGAUUCAUUAAAUCUGCCAUUUCUUGUGGCAUUGUGGAGAGUGUCUUGAGCUGGGCUGAAAUCAAAGCUAUGUCUGAGUUAAAGAAGAAAUGCACAUCUGUGAAACAUUCUAAACUCAAGGGGAUUCCUAAACUGGAUGAUGCAAACUUUGCAGGGACUGCACGUUCUUUAGAAUGUACUUUGAUCCUGACUGAGGGUGACUCUGCCAAAACACUAGCUGUGUCUGGUUUAGAAGUUGUUGGAAGAGACAGAUUUGGAGUAUUUCCUUUAAAGGGUAAAUUACUUAAUGUCCGUGAAGCUUCUCAUAAGCAGAUUUUGGAAAAUGCAGAGAUAAACAACAUUAUUAAAAUUGUUGGCUUGAAAUAUGGAAAUGAGUAUGAAGAUGAACACUCUUUGAAGAGCCUUCGUUAUGGGAAGAUUAUGAUCAUGACAGAUCAGGAUCAAGAUGGCUCCCACAUUAAGGGACUGCUAAUUAACUUCAUUCACCACAAAUGGCCCUCUCUGCUGAAGCACAACUUUCUGGAGGAAUUUAUCACUCCUGUCAUAAAGGCAAUGACAGCCCAUGAGCAAUUAUGUUUCUACAGUAUUCCUGAGUUUGAUGCUUGGAAGAAAGCUACAGAAAAUUAUAAGAACUGGAAGAUAAAGUACUACAAAGGUCUGGGUACUAGCACAGCAAAAGAGGCAAAAGAAUAUUUUGCAGAUAUGGAUCGUCACCGGAUUCCUUUCAGAUACUGUGGUCCUGAAGAUGAUGUUGCAAUUGAUCUGGCCUUUUGCAAAAAAGAAGUUGAUAAUCGAAAAAAGUGGCUUACUAAAUUCAUGGAUGAUAGAAAGAAGUGUAGAUUACAAGGACUUCCCGAGGUAUUCUUGUAUGGGAAGAAUACAGAAUUCUUGAGUUAUAAUGACUUCAUCAAUAAAGAACUGAUUUUGUUUUCAAACUCUGACAAUGAACGAUCCAUACCUUCAUUGGCUGAUGGUUUAAAACCUGGCCAGAGGAAAGUCCUUUAUACCUGCUUCAAAAGAAAUGAUAAACAUGAAGUAAAAGUUGCACAGUUGGCUGGUUCAGUUGCUGAAAUGUCUGCUUAUCAUCAUGGAGAGAUUUCACUUAUGAUGACUAUAAUAAACUUGGCACAAAAUUUUGUGGGGAGUAACAACAUCAAUCUUCUGCAGCCUAUUGGUCAGUUUGGUACCAGAUUGCAAGGAGGAAAAGAUGCUGCCAGUCCUCGAUAUAUUUUUACAAAACUCAGUCCACUUGCCCGUAGGCUGUUCCCAGCUGUGGAUGACAGUAUUUUAAACUUUUUGUAUGAUGACAACCUACAAGUAGAACCUGAAUGGUACAUCCCUAUUAUCCCAAUGGUGUUAGUGAAUGGAGCUGAUGGUAUUGGUACUGGCUGGGCGAGUAAAAUACCUAACUAUGAUCCUCGAGAAAUCAUAUACAAUAUAAAACGAAUGUUGGAUGGAAAAGAACCACAACCAAUGGUACCCAGCUACAAGAAUUUCAAUGGAACUAUUGUUAAAGUUGGUCAAAACCAGUACAUAAUAAAUGGGGAAAUCUCAGUGCUGGAUUCGAAAACCAUUGAAAUCUCUGAACUUCCUGUGAAAUCCUGGACACAGGCCUACAAAGAACACGUUUUGGAGCAACUGCUGCUUGGAACUGAGAAGACGCCACCUCUGAUUAAACAUUAUAAAGAAUAUCAUACUGAUACUUCGGUGAGAUUUGUUGUGGCCAUGGCUGAAGAGAAGCUUCUGGAGGCAGAAGCAGCUGGAUUACACAAUGUUUUUAAAUUGCAAAUCCUUCUCACAUGUAAUUCCAUGGUGUUGUUUGACCAUGCUGGUUGUUUGAAAAAGUACAGUUCAGAAUUAGAAAUUCUGAAGGAGUUUUUUGAACUACGACUGAGGUACUACGGUCUAAGAAAGGAGUGGUUAAAGGGGAUGUUGGAAGCUGAGUCUUCUAAACUCGUCAAUCAAGCUCGCUUUAUUAAGGAGAAGCUUAAGGGGAAAAUCAUAAUUGAAUCAAAGAAAAAGGAGGCUGUCAUUAAAAUGCUGAUUAAAAAGGGAUACGACUCUGACCCUGUUAAAGCCUGGAAAAAAGCCCAUGCAAAAGAAUUGGGUGAGGAGGAGAACAAGAAUGCUAAAAAUGACACUAGUGCGUCAGAAUCUGAUUUUAACUACCUCAUGAACAUGUCACUCUGGAGUCUGACCAAGGAACGUAUAGAUGAAUUGCUCAAGCAGCGAGAUGCCAAGGUUGAUGAACUGAUGGUUUUGAUGAGGAAAAGUCCCACUGAUCUUUGGAAGGAGGAUCUUGAUGUUCUUCUUUAUGAACUGGAUCAUAUUGAAGCAAUUGAAAAACAAGAACAGUUGACUGGAGUGACUGAGAAAGCUGGCAAAAAGAAAAUGGACACUUCACAGCUGAACGAUACAAUGCCAUCUUCCAGUGGAAGGCGAAUUAUUCCAGUAGUGUCGACUGAAAUGAAAUAUGAAGAUAGUGAAAUCCUAAAUAAGAAGGUAUUGUAUUUAUUAUACGUUUCUAACAAGUGUGAAAGACUUAAAUGUCAGUGA